AUGGGGUGCUGUAGAAAUUCCAUCUCCUCCGUAAAUGCCGUCACUUCGAUUGCGCCUUCGCCGAUUAUAUCCGAUAGUUUUCUGUUUAUUGAUGAGGACGGUACCGGUGUAACCAGCUCCGGCGAUUUCCGCCGCUCACCACCGUUAGAACGAAGAUCGUUGGCCGCCGUCUUUCACGCGUUGCUCCGUCUCAGUUUUCACUUCAACAUCACCUCACCGUCGCGGAUCAUUCCGAUUCCAUCUUCGCCCGCCGCUACCCCCCUCUUCCGUCAUCGCCGCUUCAAUCGGCCUUCAUCUUCCGCUCCAGCGAUCUCCGAUUCCAUCUCCUCCGUAAAUGCCGUCACUUCGAUUGCGCCUUCGCCGAUUAUAUCCGAUAGUUUUCCGUUUUUUGAUGAGGACGGUACCAGUGUAACCAGCUCCGGCGAUUUCCGCCGCUCACCACCGUUAGAACGAAGACCGUUGGCCGACGUCUUUCACGCGUUGCUCCGUCUUAGUUUUCACUUCAACAUCACCUCACCGUCGCGGAUCAUUCCGAUUCCAUCUUCGCCAAGUGAGGUGCAGAGAGAUGAAAAUGGCGAUGGAGAAGUUGUUCUGGAUGCAGAUUGA